UUCUGGUAGGGUUUAUGGCUACCAUUAGUUCUGAAUACUGGUGAGGUUUUGAUCAGGGAAAUGGCUACGACUUUUGGACUCUCUUUGAGAGUUUCUUGGAUUUGUUACAUGUUAAUCGGAGGGAUAACCUGUUCUACAUCAAAAGAUGAUGAAUAUCUUGCACCAGUUUACAAUGCAGCAUGGCCCUAUGCAGGAUCACUUUUGUCAAUGGGCUAUGGCAAUUACAACUCUCGAAAAGCUCAAAUGCAAGAGCAACUGGCCCAGCAGCAGAAUCAACCGGCCACUGAGCCUCAGCCACAGACGCAACCGACUGCCAUGCCUCAGCAGCAGAAGCAACCAGCUGCCAUGCCACUUAAGUCUCAGCAAGUGUCACCUCUAGCCCAAAUUCCCCAGCAGCAGAUGCAACCGUCUGCUAUGCCCCAGCAAGUAUGGGGUCCAGCUCCAAUUCCCCAGAAGCUACCGACCCCCGUUCCCCAUCAGCAAGUGUGGCAACCAGCUCCAAUGCCCCAGCAGCAAAAUCAACCGGCCGCUGAGCAGCAGUCAAAACCUACUGCCAUGCCCCAGCAAGUGUGGAAUCCAGCUCCAAUGCAGCAGAAGCAACCAACUGCCAUGCCCCAGCAAGUGUGGCAACCAGCUCCAAUGCAGCAGAAGCAACCAACUGCCAUGCCUCAGCAAGUGUGGCAACCAGCUCCAAUGCAGCAGAAGCAACCAACUGCCAUGCCCCAGCAAGUGUGGCAACCAGCUCCAAUGCAGCAGAAGCAACCAACUGCCAUGCCUCAGCAAGUGUGGCAACCAGCUCCAAUGCAGCAGAAGCAACCAACUGCCAUGCCCCAGCAAGUGUGGCAACCAGCUCCAAUGCAGCAGAAGCAACCAACUGCCAUGCCUCAGCAAAUGUGGAAUCCAGCUCCAAUGCAGCAGAAGCAACCACCUGCUAUGCCCCAGCAAGUGUGGCAGCAAAAGCAACCGGCCGCUGAGCAGCAGUCACAACCUACCACCAUGCCCCAGCAAGUGUGGCAACCAGCUCCAAUGCCCCAGCAGCAAAAUCAACCGGCCGCUGAGCAGCAGUCGCAACCUACUGCUAUGCCCCAGCAAGUGUGGAAUCCAGCUCCAAUGCAGCAGAAGCAACCAACUGCCAUGCCUCAGCAAGUGUGGCAACCAGCUCCAAUGCAGCAGAAGCAACCACCUGCUAUGCCCCAGCAAGUGUGGCAGCAAAAGCAACCGGCCGCUGAGCAGCAGUCGCAACCUACUGCCAUGCCCCAGCAAGUGUGGAAUCCAGCUCCAAUGCAGCAGAAGCAACCAACUGCCAUGCCUCAGCAAGUGUGGCAACCAGCUCCAAUGCAGCAGAAGCAACCAACUGCCAUGCCUCAGCAAGUGUGGCAACCAGCUCCAAUUCCCCAGCAGCAAAAGCAACAGGCCGCUGACCCUAAGCAGCCCCAGCAAGUGUGGAAUCCAGCUCAAAUGCCCCAGCAGCAGAAGCUACCGACCUCCAUGCCCCAGCAGCAGAAUCAACUGGCCACUGGGCCUCAGCCACAGAAGCAACCAACUGCCAUGCCUCAGCAAGUGUGGAAUCCAGCUCCAAUGCAGCAGAAGCAACCACCUGCUAUGCCCCAGCAAGUGUGGCAGCAAAAGCAACCGGCCGCUGAGCAGCAGUCACAACCUACCACCAUGCCCCAGCAAGUGUGGCAACCAGCUCCAAUACCCCAGCAGAAGCAACCAACUGCCAUGCCUCAGCAAGUGUGGCAACCAGCUCCAAUUCCCCAGCAGCAAAAGCAACAGGCCGCUGACCCAAAGCAGCCCCAGCAAGUGUGGAAUCCAGCUCAAAUGCAGCAGAAGCGACCGCCUUUUAUGCCCCAGCAAGUGUGGCGUCCAGCUUCAAUGCAGCAGAAGCUACCGACCCCCAUUCCCCAUCAGCCUCAGCAAGUGUGGCAACCAGCUCCAAUGCCCCAGCAGCAAAAUCAACCGGCCGCUGAGCAGCAGUCGCAACCUACUGCCAUGCCCCAGCAAGUGUGGAAUCCAGCUCCAAUGCAGCAGAAGCAACCAACUGCCAUGCCUCAGCAAGUGUGGCAACCAGCUCCAAUGCAGCAGAAGCAACCAACUGCCAUGCCUCAGCAAGUGUGGAAUCCAGCUCCAAUUCCCCAGCAGCAAAAGCAACAGGCCGCUGACCCUAAGCAGCCCCAGCAAGUGUGGAAUCCAGCUCGAAUGCCCCAGCAGCAGAAGCUACCGACCUCCAUGCCCCAGCAGCAGAAUCAACUGGCCACUGGGCCUCAGCCACAGAAGCAACCACCUGCUAGCGCCAUGCCUCAGCAAGUGUGGUAUCCAGCUCAAAUGCAGCAGAAGCGACCACCUGUUUUGCCCCAGCAAGUGUGGCGUCCAGCUUCAAUGCAGCAGAAGCUACUGACCCCCAUUCCCCAUCAGCCUCAGCAAGUGUGGCAACCAGCUCCAAUGCCCCAGCAGCAAAAGCAACUGGCUGCUGACCCUAAGCAGACACAGCAAGUAUGGAAUCCAGCUCAAAUGCCCCAGCAGCAGAAGCUACCAAUCCCCAUACCCCAGCAGCCUCAGCAAGUGUGGCAGCCAAUGCCCCAGCAGCAAAAGCAACCGGCCGCUGAGCAGCAGUCACAACCUACCACCAUGCCUCAGCAAGUUUGGCAACCAGCUCCAAUGCAGCAGAAGCAACGGCCUUCUAUGCCCCAGCAAGUGUGGCGUCCAGCUUCAAUGCAGCAGAAGCUACCGAUCCCCAUUCCCCAUCAGCCUCAGCAAGUGUGGCAACCAGCUCCAAUGCCCCAGCAGCAAAAGCAACUGGCUGCUGAUCCUAAGCAGGCCCAGCAAGUGUGGUAUCCAGCUCAAAUGCCCCAGCAGCAGACGCAACCGCAUUCUAUGCCCCAGCAAGUGUGGCGUCCAGCUUCAAUGCAGCAGAAGCUACCGACCCACAUUCCCCAUCAGCCUCAGCAAGUGUGGCAACCAGCUCCAAUGCCCCAGCAGAAAAAGCAACUGGCUGUUGAUCCUAAGCAGCCCCAGCAAGUGUGGAAUACAGCUCAACUGCCCCAGCAGCAGGUGCUACCGAUCUCCAUGCCUCAGCAAGUUUGGCAACCAGCUCCAAUGCCCCAGCAGCAGACGCUACCAAUCCCCAUACACCAGCAAGUGUGGCAGCCAAUGCCCCAGCAGCAAAAGCAACCGGCCUCUGAGCAGCAGUCACAACCUACCACCAUGCCUCAGCAAGUGUGGCAACCAGCUCCAAUGCCCCAGCAGAAAAAGCAACCGGCUGCUGAGCAUCAGCAGCAGUUGCAACCUACCGCCAUGCCACAGAAGCAACCAGUUGCCAUGCCUCAGCAAUUAUGGCAUCUAUCCCAAAAGCAACUGGCCUUAAUGUCUCCGCAGAAGCACUUCGAAAGCACUGAAGAUGGCGGCUCUGGUAGCUCUCAGGCCAGCAUCGUUGAACAGUCUGUCCUCAUUCCAAUUUAUUCCUACAGUUCCAAAUCUCGCUACGAGAAUGGCAAAACUGUCUUCUCCCAAACCCGCUACACUCCUGGGGAGGCUAUGCCUGUUGAUAGUGGAAGUGCUCCCAAGGACAAUCAUGUUGGCAUCGCUGAACCAAGCAUAUACCCACCACUAGUAAAGGAUCCUUCAAGGAAAAUCUAAUGGUGGAUUCAUCCUUUAGAAGCUAAAGGUUUCAGUCAUUCAUUUGUGUUGCCCAGAAGUUGCUGGUGCACUUGCUACUCUUGUGAUUUAAUCAAUAAACCAUUUUAAUUUAAAA